UAGGACAUGCCGCGGUUUGUGACUCUCUCGGAUCGGUUUGCCGCCAAGGGUGGGGCCGGCAAGGGCCAGGGCAAGGGCAAGGCUGUGAGCAACAAGGGCAAGGCCGGCAAGGGCCAGGGCAAGGCCUCCAACAAGGGUAAGAACCAGGGCCAGGGCAAGGGCCAGGGCAAGGGCCAGGGCAAGGGCCAGGGCAAGGGCAAGGGCAAGGCGUCCAACAAGGGCAAGGCCGUUGGCAACAAGGCAGCCGGUAGCAAGGUCAAGGGCAAGACGGGCAAUGGCGCGCAGGCUGUGGUCGGCAAGCGGAAGAAGGUGCCGACCAAGGGCGCAAAGACGGCGGCCAACAAGCGGGCAAAGGGCAACAAGACGAAGGACGUCUCCCAGGUGGCCAAGCCCAAGACCCAGGCCGAGCUGGAUGCAGAGCUGGCUAGCUACAUGCUGAAAGACGAGAAGCGGGCCGCGAACUACCUCGAUGCCGAGCUCGAAGAGUAUCAGGCCCAGCGGAAGAAGGCUGCCGCUGCCGCCGCCGCCGAGGCGACCGCAAACAACGACGAUGUUGCCGUCGACGACGUGCUCGAUGAGUAGCAACAACAACCCCCCCCACACACACACAAACACACAUCGA